CGCACCGGUAAGUACGGACACGUGGUCGGCGCGGCUUCCCGGUAUGGGAGCGCGCGCGUAAAAGCGGGCGGGGACGGAGGGGAUCGCGCGGAGGCUCGACCAGUCGGCCGUGGGACGCCGAGCGCAUUCGAUGAUCCCGCAACCGCGUCGACGUUCGCACGUAUUAAAGCACGCGCUUACGGUGCCGGCGCUUCAUCCUCCGGGGCGAUCCACCCGGUGCCGCAUCCCUCGACUGGCGACCACCGAUUCAUUCGGAGAACCAAGGUCCAGGCAUUUUACGAACUUCGGAUUCCAGGGCCCUAGAACCCACGAGUUCAUCCAACGAUUCCAAAAUGGUGGCUCCCGAUGAUCGAGCUCUCCACGAGGCCAUCCAGGUUGCGCCCCUUGUACUCGCAGAUGACGUCAGGAGGGAAAAAGUGGAGAACCUGCUGGCGCAGAUGAGAUUGUCAGCGGCGACUGCUAGGAGGAUCCAGAAUAUUUUCGCCUCGGAGAUGAACAAGGGAAUCCAUGAACAAGUUUCUUCCCUGCCCAUGGAAAAUACAUAUAUUCCGGAGCUCCCUGAUGGAACAGAGGAAGGCCUGUUCCUGUCGUUGGAUCUCGGUGGCACCAAUUUCCGGGUGUUACUGUUGGAGCUGAAGAACGGCGAAGUGAUUCGCCAGGACGUGAAGAAGUACCACAUCAAUCAUGAACUUCGACUUGGCUCUGGAUUCGUUCUUUUCGACUACCUCGCCGAGUGCGUCAGCGAUUUUGUCAUCAGCGAGGGUCUUCAAGAUGUGGAGCUUCCUCUGGGAUUUACGUUCUCGUUCCCGGUAAAACAACACUCGUUGGACACUGGCGUCUUGUCAACCUGGACGAAAAGUUUCAACUGUUCUGACGUAGUCAACAAGGAUGUUGUAAAGCUUUUGAGAGAUGCUCUGUCUAAGCGAGGCGACACCAAAGUGAAGGUGGUUGCCAUUUUAAAUGACACAACUGGUACUCUGAUCCAAGGAGCAUGUCUAGACCGAAAUACGAGUAUUGGUCUCAUUUUGGGCACCGGAAGUAAUGCCUGCUACCUUGAAAGAGCCGAUCGGGUGGACCACUGGGAAACUGAGAGACAUGGAGAAAAAGAGGUUAUCAUCGAUAUCGAGUGGGGAGCUUUUGGAGACAAUGGUGUUCUUGAUUUCAUCAAGACGGACUUCGACCGCGAGAAUGAUGCGAAUUCGCUGCUCGUCAGCUCCUACACGUUUGAGAAGUACAUCAGUGGGAAGUACCUUGGUGAGGUAGUCCGCGUCAUCCUGGCGAGGCUGACCAAGGAAAAGCUCUUGUUUGAAGGAAACGCGUCAGGAUCUCUUCUAACACCAGGCAACCUCACGACUGACCUCGUCUCCCACAUUGAAUUAGAUUCAGUUCACGGAGGCAGGAGUAACACGCGGAAGGUACUCACUAAUUUUGGCAUUGCCGCUGACGAAGAUGACUUGAACAUCGUGCAGUACGUCUGCGAGGUUGCUUCCAACAGAGCCGCUCUUCUAGUUUCGAUAUGUAUAGCGACUUUGCUGGAGAGGUUAAAUAAGGAAGAGGUGGCGAUAGCCGUCGAUGGAUCUCUCUACAAGCAUCAUCCUCGAUUACACGGGUGGAUGAACCAGUAUAUAUCUUUGCUGGCCCCAGGAUAUAAGUUUAAGUUUAUACAUGCAGAAGAUGGGAGCGGAAAGGGAGCAGCGAUUACUGCUGCAAUUGCCCAACGACUCAAAAGAAGAUUAGAAUGAAAUUGAAUUUGUAAGAUGGGGCAGGGGAUGAGUCCAACGUUUUCCUGCUCCUAGAGCUGAUUCGUUAACUCGUUGUUGAACUCCGAUUUCAGAUCAGAGUUUUGUAUGAAAGGCGGCUUCAUAAAUUGCUGUUGGAAAUGGCAAUCUCGUUAGCAAGUGGUGAAGUCACUCGGAAGCUCGUACAAAUUUAUACGUAAUUAUCUCCAUUAUGUUUCAAGGGUGAACUAUGUAUGUCAAUUGUACCUAUAUGUAGAUUCCGGGAUAUUUUUUACUCCGUGCACAAAAACAUCCGCCGGUAUCUUUAGCAUUGAAAUUAUUUUGCCAUACGAAACAUUCCUUGGGAUACGAUUGACGGGCAUUUUUGCCGAAAAUCGAUAUUCCCUCGAGAGUUAGUACUGUAGUCGGUUCACCUCCUCUUGUACAUAAGCGACUAAUAAGUUUAUAAAUACAUCUUUCUCCAUUGAAUCCUUCCUGGGCUUUGUGUUACACAGAAUGCAAGCGAUUUUACGAGCAUACCCUAAAGCAAGUUAUCUAUAGAAUCGUUGAUCAAUCGUUAAUAGACGUUCGUUACGAUCAGUUGGUCUAGGAGAUAGAAGGCGUUAAUUGUGAUAAACAGUCCGUGCAAUACGAAAUAAUAAACGGUGAACCAUGAGUCACGUCGUUGUAAGGAAGUUCUUGGAGGCAUUGAGUUCCUGGCUGUGGAUAGGAAACUCAUAUUAUUUGCUUAAUAAAAAAACGGUUAUAAAGGACAGAUUGUUUCGCCGCACCGCAUAUAACGCUGCAUUGAAUGGACAGGGGUGGCAUUGUUAAUAAAAUCCGGAAAGAAAGUGACAA